AUGCCUAACGUUUCCAAACAAAGCCAGCAAGGUUCUCGUAUAAGACUUCCACCAAUCAGCAAAAUACUCGAAAACAUCAAAGAUUUUGCUCAGCAACAUCCGUGGUGUGUACGGUCAGAAUACUAUGAUUCAAAUGUUCCUUACCCGUGUGGGAGAGGUUUGAUGCAUGAUUUAACCGUUUACCAUUUGAAUUCGGGAAAGACAUUCGUCAAUGAUGGUACCCGCACACCAAUAGGCACCGUCGUACAUACUGUUCCGUGUAAUAAUGAUGUGUACAGAUCAUAUACAAGCGAAACGGAGGAUGACAACCGCAGAGUAUCCGAGAGCUCCAUAGAUAUGCUAACGACAGUUGCAAUACAGAGACUUGCAGAGGAGCGCGAAUCAUCAAUAGCAUCAACAGCAACAACAACGGCAGACGAAUUGGUCGAUGUUGAACCAUCAAACACCAAGUGGCCUACGGUUGUGACAAAGAGCAAAGCUGACACAUCUGAGCCAUGCACACCGCUAAUCAACCACGUUUCAAAACCAAAAGCAUCUGUGACCACGACCCAACAGAGAAAAUGUCAACAAUGUGGGAAGACUUCAACGCCAGAAUGGCGUAGAGGCCCCGUGGGACCACGCACCUUAUGUAAUGCAUGUGGUCUCUUCUAUUGCAAACUUGUCAAGAAAGUUGGAGAAAGAAUUGCUCGUGAGAAAUUGUUGACUAGAAGUAGAGUUGGUUAAAAUGCAUGUUGAAAGCGUG